AUGCUUACAACAAGGAAUUCAGACUUGGAUAUUUUGGCAAGAGGGAAGUCGUUGGGAUCUGAUCCAUUGCCUAAAAGUAUCAAAAACCCAAAAUUAAGGUUUGGACCUUUGGUAUCACAACAGGCUCCCGAGAAGAUAGGAUCUGAUGAGUCUCCUCGGCACGUUGCAUUCGGGUUUGAGGGAAGUGUUGACGAAUUAAAGAAAUGUGGAAACGCUCCAAAAAACCACAAAAAAUAUACGGGCCCACUUUCGAUUUCCACAUCAUCUAAUCUCAUUCAAGAUGCCCCAGUAACCAUUUUGUACACUAUGCCGAGCCAUAUCAUUAGUGAGGGUCACAUGGUCUACCUUAGGUUUCGUGGGUACUCCAGAACCAUAGGCCGGCGAACACUUGCGAUUUCGAAAACUCUAUAUAACAUGUUAGUUACAAUGAAGUUUUUUGAGAUCUGA